AUGUUCGCGAUUGUCCGAGGGAGACGACUCAGGCUCCCACCGGAGGUUUCUAUUUUCGCCACCCCUCAAUUUCGGACUUCUGAAGAUGCAGUCUUUUUCAGGCCGUUCACCACCGGGAGACCACCGCAAGGUGUUCGCGAGAAUGACUCUGAGAAAUCCUUCGCCUUCUCCUACCUCGUCAGCUCAUGCGGGUUGGCCCCAGACGCCGCCGUCCGCGCCUCCAGUAAACUCCAGCUGAAAUCGCCUGAAAAACCAGAUGCGGUCUUGAAUCUCCUCAGAGAGUACGGAUUCACGGCCGCCGACAUCUCUGUAAUGGUCACCCGGUUUCCGAACGUUCUCUCUGCCUGCCCAGACCAAACCCUUUUGCCCAAGCUCGAAUUUUUCGCCUCCAUUGGCGUCCCCCUCCCCAUCUUGGCCAACAGGCUGUCCCGGACCCCUUUGCUCUUAUGGCGCAGCCUUGAGAAGUCAAUCAUCCCCUUAUACGAUUUCCUGAAAAACCUGUUCGGGUCGGAUGAGGGGGCUAUUCAAGUGUUUAAACGGGCUCCCCAGUUCUUCCUCUGGGGCCGGGUGGACGACCUCUCGUCCAACAUCUUGUUUCUUGUGGACUGCGGUGUCCCUCGAACAUCUCUCGUGUCACUGGUCACGUACCAGCCAACAAUGCUCAUGGUUCCUCAGGAGAAGUUAUCCUCGUGCGUGGAUCGAGCAAUAGAAAUGGGGUUUGACGUGACCAGUAAUACAUUUUUGAUGGCCAUUCGGGUUUUGGGUUUUGAGGAGUCCAUCCUCAAGCGAAAGAUGGAGGUUUAUAGAAAGUGCGGCUGGUCGGGAAUCCGACAUCAGGACCGCCUUUCUCAGUCAGCCGCUUUGUAUGGCCUUGUCCGAGAAGAAUAUAUUGAAGAGUAUGACUUUUCUUGGUGUUCGCCAGGUGACGUGGCUCGGUGCCCUUUGCUUCUUCGGUACAGCGUCGAAAAGAGAAUGAAGCCGAGGUGGGCGGUUGCUACAGUUUUGAGUGAGAAGGGGCUGAAGAAUGCGGCUGUCACGUCCUUGCUCAUAGUGUCUGAGAAGGCUUUCUUGAAGAAUUAUGUCGAGAAGUAUAAGAAGGAUGCUCCCGAACUUUUGGACAUUUAUCGCGGAGCAUUAUUUCCAAAAUCUUGUUAUUUAUGUUACAUCCGUAAUCCUCUUUGGUUGAACUGGAGUUGCAGAACAAAACGCGACACGGUUCCGUCUAAAUCCCUGAAAAAGACUGCAAAUACCGAUUCACUUCUUCAAACCCUCCGCACCAAGUCCGUUGAAUUCAAAAUCGGAAAAUCGAUGUUCGCGAUUCUCCGUGGCAGACGACUCAGGCUCCAACCGGAGCUUUCUAUUUUGGCCGCCCGUCAUUUUAGGGCUUCUGAAAAUGCGGUGUUUUCCAGGCCGUUCACCACCGGCAGACCACCGCCAGGUGUUCGUGAAAAUGACUCUGAGAAAUCCUUCACCUUUUCUUACCUUGUCAGCUCCUGCAAGUUGACCCCAGAUGCCGCGGUCCGCGCCUCCAGUAAACUCCUGCUGAAAUCGCCUGAAAACCCAGACGCCGUCUUGAAUCUCCUGAGAGAGUACGGAUUCACGGCCGCCGACAUCUCUACGAUGGUCUCUCGGUGGCCGAACAUUCUCUCUGCCUGCCCAGACAAAACCCUUUUGCCCAAGCUCGAAUUUUUCGCCUCCAUUGGCGUCCCCCUCCCCAUCCUGGGCAGCAGGCUGUCCCGGAACCCUUCCAUCUUAUGGCGCAGCCUUGAGAAAUCAAUCAUCCCCUUAUAUGAUUUCCUGAAAAACCUGCUCGGGUCGGAUGAGGGGGCCGUUCAAUUCUUUAAACGGGCUCCCCAGUUCUUUUGCUGGGGCCAGGUGGACGCCCUCUCGUCGAACCUCUCGUUUCUUCUGGACUGCGGGGUUCCUCGGCCAUCUCUCGUGUCACUAGUCGCGUACCAGCCAACAAUGCUCAUGGUUCCUCAGGAGAAAUUAUCCUUGAGCGUGGGCCGAGCAAUAGAAAUGGGGUUUGACGUGUCCAAUAAUGCUUUUUUGAAGGCCGUUCGGGUUUUGGGUUUUGACGAGUCGCUCCUCAAGCGCAAGAUGGAGGUUUAUAGAAAGUGUGGCUGGUCGGAGUCUGACAUCAGGACCGCCUUUCUGAGUCAGCCGUUCUGUAUGGCCUUGUCCGAGAAGAAGAUUCUGGAGAGUAUGGGUUUUCUGGUUGAUAAAUUAGGGUAUGCACCAGGUGACUUGGCUCGGUGCCCUUUGCUUCUUGGGUUCAGCAUCGAAAAGAGAAUGAAGCCGAGGUGGGCAGUUGCUACGGUUUUGAGUGAGAAAGGGCUGAAGAAUGUGGCUGUUAGGUCCCUGCUGUCAAUGUCCGAGAAGAAUUUCUUGAAGAACUAUAUCGAGAAGUACAAGAAGGAUAUUCCCGAACUUUUGGACAUUUAUCGAGAAAUUUCAAUAAACGCGAUAUACUUCCCUCUAAAUCGCCUAAAAAGACUGCAAAUACCGACACACAUCUUCAAAUCCUCGUCUGGUCUCGUCAGCUCACCAAGUCCGUUGAAUUCAAAAUCAGAGAUCGAAUCGAUGUUCGCCUUUUUUCGUAGCAGACGACUCAGGCUCCCUCCAGAUCUCUCUAUUUUCGCCUCCCCUCAAUUUCGGACUUCUGAAAAAGCAGUCUUUUCAAGGCCGUUCACCACCGGGAAACCACCGCCAGGUGUUCGCGAAAAUGACUCUGAGAAAUCCUUCACCUUCUCCUACCUCGUCAGCUCAUGCGGGUUGGCCCCAGACGCCGCCGUCCGCGCCUCCAGUAAACUCCAGCUGAAAUCGCCUAAAAAUCCAGACGCGGUCUUGAAUCUCCUCAGAGAGUACGGAUUCACACCCGCCGACAUCUCUGUAAUGGUCACCCGGUUUCCGAACGUUCUCUCGGCCUGCCCAGACAAAACCCUUUUUCCCAAGCUUGAGUUUUUCGCCUCCAUUGGCGUCCCCCUCCCCAUCUUGGCCAGCAGGCUGUCCCGGAACCCUUCCAUCUUAUGGCGCAGCCUUGAGAGCUCAAUCAUCCCCUUAUACGAUUUCCUGAAAAACCUGCUCGGGUCAGAUGAGCAGGCUGUUCAAGUCUUUAAACGGGCUCCCCAGUUCUUCGGCUGGGGCCGGGUAAACGACCUCUCAUCCAACUUCUCGUUUCUUGUGGACUGCGGGGUCCCUCGGCCAUCUCUCGUCUCCAUGCUCACGUACCAGCCAACAAUGCUCAUGGUUCCUCAGGAGAAGUUAUCCUUGUGGGUGGGUCAAGCAAUAGAAAUGGGGUUUGACGUGACCAAUAAUACAUUCUUGAUGGCCCUUCGGGUUUUGGGUUACGAGGAGUCGAUCCUCAAGCGAAAGAUGGAGGUUUAUAGAAAGUGCGGCUGGUCGGAAUCCGACAUCAGGACUGCCUUUCUGAAUGAGCCGCUUUGUAUGGCCUUGUCCGAGAAGAAUAUAUUGAAGAGUAUGACUUUUCUCGUCGAAGAAUUUGGGUGUUCACCAGGUGACGUGGCUCGGUGCCCUUUGCUUCUUCGGUACAGCGUCGAAAAGAGAAUGAAGCCGAGGUGGGCGGUUGCUACGGUUUUGAGUGAGAAGGGGCUGAAGAAUGCGGCUGUCACGUCCUUGCUCAUAGUGUCCGAGAAGACUUUCUUGAAGAACUAUAUCGAGAAGUACGAGAAGGAUGUUCCGGAACUUCUGGGCAUUUAUCGAGGUUGCAUUGGAGUUGCAGAAUGGUUUAAACACUCUUUUGAUGAGUUGGUUGAGAAAACGCUUCCUACUAAAUCGCCGAAAAAGACUGCAUAUACCGAUACGCAACUUCAAACUCUCCGUCUGCUCGUCAGCUCACCAAGUCCGUUGAAUUCAAAAUCAGAUUUCGAAUCGAUGUUCGCGAUUCUCCGAGGCAGACGACUCAGGCUCCCACCGGAUCUCUCUAUUUUCGCCACCUCUCAAUUUCGGACUUUUGAAAAUGCAGUCAGGGCGUUCGCCACCAGGAAACCACCGCAAGGUGUUCGCGAAAAUGACCCCGAGAAAUCCUUUACCUUCUCCUACCUCGUCAGCUCAUGCGCGUUGGCCCCAGAAGCCGCCGUCCGCGCCUCCAGUAAACUCCAGCUGAAAUCGCCUGAAAAUCCAGACGCGGUCUUGAAUCUCCUCAGAGAGUACGGAUUCACGCCCGCCGACAUCUCUGUAAUGGUCACCCGGUUUCCGAACGUUCUCUCGGCCUGCCCAGACAAAACCCUUUUGCCCAAGCUUGAGUUUUUCGCCUCCAUUGGCGUUCCCCUCCCCAUCUUGGCCAGCAGGCUGUCCCGGAACCCUUCCAUCUUCUGGCGCAGCCUUGAGAGCUCAAUCAUCCCCUUAUACGAUUUCCUGAAAAACCUGUUCGGGUCGGACGAAGGGGCUGUUGAAGUCUUUAAACGGGCUCCCCAGUUCUUCCGCUGGGGCCGGGUGGACGACCUCUCGUCCAACUUCUCGUUUCUUGAGGCCUGCGGGGUCUCUCAGCCAUCUCUCAUCUCACUGGUCACAUACGAGCCAAGAAUGUUCUUGGCUCCUCGGGAGAAGUUAUCCUCGUGCAUGAAUCGUGCAAUAGAAAUGGGGUUUGACGUGUCCAAUAAUGCGUUUUUGAAAGCCAUUCAGGUUUUGGUGGGUUUGAAUGAGUCGACCCUCAAGCGAAAGAUGGAGGUUUAUAGAAAGUGCGGCUGGUCGGAAUCCGACAUCAGGACCGCCUUUCUGAAUCAGCCGCUUUGUAUGGCCUUGUCCGAGAAGAAGAUAUUGAAGAGUAUGGGUUUUCUGGUUGAUAAAUUAGGGUGGGCACCAGGUGACGUGGCCCGGUGCUCUUGGAUUCUUGGGUACAGCCUCGAAAGGAGAAUGAAGCCGAGGUGGGCUGUUGCUGAGGCUUUGAAUGAGAAGGGGCUGAAGAAUGUGGCAAUCACAUCCCUGCUGUCAAUGUCCGAGAAGAUUUUCUUGAAGAACUAUAUCGAGAGGUACAAGAAGGAUGUUCCCGAACUUCUGGACAUUUAUCGAGGUAAUGAAAUCCUGGCUUGCACCUCCUGA